AUGUGCAACCCCCAACCCCCCUCUGGUGUGAUGAGCAACCCCCAACCCCCAACCACCCUCUGGUGUGAUGAGGAACCCCCAACCCCCAAACACCCUCUGCAACCCCCAACCACCCUCUGGUGUGAUGAGCAUCCCUCAACCGCCCUCUGGUUUGAUGAGCAACCCCCCAACCCCCAAUCCCCCUCUGGUGUGAUGAGCAUCCCCCAACCGCCCUCUGGUGUGAUGAGCAACCUCCCAAACUCCCUCUGGUGUGAUGAGCAACCCCCAACACCCAAACACCCUCUGCAUCCCCCAACCACCCUCUGGUUUGAUGCGAACCCCCAAGCCCCAACCCCCCUCUGGUUGAUGAGCAACCCCCAACCCCCCUCUGGUGUGAUGAGCAACCCCCAACCCCCUCUGCAACCCCCAACCCCCCUCUGGUGUUAUGAGCAAACCCAACCCCUCUCUGGUGUGAUGUGCAACCCCCAACCCCCCUCUGGUGUGAUGAGCAACCCCCAACCCCCAACCACCCUCUGGUGUGAUGAGGAACCCCCUAACCCCCAACCACCCUCUGGUAUGAUGAGCAACCCCCAACCCGCAACCCCCUCUGCAACCCCCCAACCACCCUCUGGUGUGAUGAGCAUCCCCCAACCGCCCUCUGGUGUGAUGAGCAACCCCCAACCCCCAACCACCCUCUGGUGUGAUGAGCAACCCCCAACCGCCCCCUCUGGUGUGAUGAGCAACCCCCCAAACCCCUCUGCAUCCCUCAACACCCUCCUCUGGUUUGAUGAGCAACCCCCCAACCCCCAAUCCCCCUCUGGUGUGAUGAGCAUCCCCCAACCGCCCUCUGGUGUGAUGAGCAACCUCCCAAACUCCCUCUGGUGUGAUGAGCAACCCCCAACACCCAAACACCCUCUGGUGUGA